CCGCCAAGGUCACCGUCCCGGCGUGUCCCUCGGUCGCCUCUGCCGGGGCGCGGACAUCUGAGAGUUGAAAGAGGCUUUUCUUCCCCGGGGGGAAGGGGCAGGGUGGGUCUGUGAAGACAGGGAAGAUGCCAGAUGCGGAGAAAACGAGGCAGUGUAAGCAAGAAGAGCAACAGCAGCAGAAAGAAGAUGAGCGGGAGGGUCUCAUCGAAUUCUACAGUUCCUACCAGGAGUUAUUCCAGUUCUUUUGCAGCAACACGACCAUCCAUGGGGCUAUCCGCCUGGUGUGCUCCAAAAAGAAUAAGAUGAAGACAGCCUUCUGGUCUGUCCUCUUCUUUCUCACCUUUGGCUUAAUGUACUGGCAGUUUGGGAUCCUCUACAGGGAGUACUUCAGCUACCCUGUCAACCUCAACCUCAACCUUAACUCCGACAGGCUGACUUUCCCAGCCGUGACGCUGUGCACCCUCAAUCCGUACAGAUACAGUGCCAUCCGAAAGAAGCUGGACAAGCUGGACCAAAUCACCCAUCAGACACUACUAGACCUCUAUGACUACAACAUGUCUCUGGCACGAAGUGACGGGUCCGCACCAUCCACGCAAACACGUAGCUCAAGGAGCCUGCUCCAUCAUGUCCAGCGCCAUCCGCUGAGAAGACAGAAGCGCGAUAACUUGCCAGAGAACAGUCCCUCAGUGGACAAGAAUGACUGGAAAAUUGGCUUUGUUCUGUGCAGUGAAAACAACAAGGACUGUUUCCAUCAGGCGUACUCCUCAGGUGUGGAUGCCGUGCGGGAAUGGUACAGCUUUCACUACAUCAAUAUCCUGGCACAGAUGCCUGAUGCGAAAGACCUGGAUGAGUCUGACUUUGAGAACUUCAUCUAUGCUUGCCGCUUCAAUGAAGCAACGUGUGACAAGGCGAAUUAUACCCACUUCCACCAUCCCUUGUAUGGGAACUGCUAUACCUUUAACGACAACAGCAGCAGCCUGUGGACGUCCUCGCUGCCCGGGAUCAAUAAUGGUCUCUCUCUGGUGGUGCGCACUGAACAGAAUGAUUUCAUCCCUCUGCUGUCCACGGUGACAGGAGCCCGGGUCAUGGUCCACGAUCAGAAUGAGCCAGCCUUCAUGGAUGAUGGGGGUUUCAACGUGCGUCCUGGUAUCGAGACCUCCAUCAGCAUGAGAAAGGAGAUGACUGUGCGUCUUGGGGGCAGCUACAGUGAUUGCACAGAGGAUGGCAGUGACGUGCCAGUGCAAAAUCUGUACUCAUCCCGCUACACCGAACAGGUCUGCAUUCGUUCCUGUUUUCAGCUCAACAUGGUAGAGCGCUGUGGCUGUGCAUAUUACUUCUAUCCCUUACCCACUGGAGCAGAGUACUGCGACUACACAAAGCACGUAGCCUGGGGCUACUGCUACUACAAACUCCUCGCUGAAUUCAAAGCUGAUGUGCUGGGCUGUUUUCACAAAUGUCGAAAGCCUUGCAAAAUGACAGAAUACCAGCUGUCAGCUGGAUACUCCCGUUGGCCUUCUGCUGUCUCAGAGGACUGGGUUUUUUACAUGCUUUCACAGCAGAACAAAUACAAUAUCACAUCCAAGAGGAAUGGAGUUGCCAAAGUGAAUAUCUUUUAUGAGGAAUGGAACUACAAGACCAAUGGGGAGUCUCCAGCCUUCACGGUAGUAACUCUGCUGUCCCAGCUUGGAAACCAGUGGAGUCUCUGGUUUGGAUCCUCUGUCCUGUCUGUGAUGGAGCUUGCAGAGCUGAUUCUGGAUUUCAUUGCCAUCACCUUUAUCUUGGCCUUACGCUGGUUCCGUUCUCGGCAGCAGCUCUCCCCACCAGGACCUGCUCCAAACAGUCACGAUAACACCGCUUUCCAAGACGAGGCGCCAGGUCUCAGCGCUCCACACCGCUUCACCGUGGAGGCUGUUGUGACCAUGCUGCCAUCCUACAACAGCCUGGAACCACGCAGGCCCAGCAGGGAUGGCGAGGUGGGACAUGAGUGAGGCAGUGGCUUAUUUCACAGCUCGGAUGGGUGGCAAUUAGAUCAGAGACUGCACACUUUCUCUGUGGCAUUUUGUUCUUUCUGGGGUCCUGUACCUGGACUAUAGCAGAAGGCUGCACUGUGGUUGGCCUGGGUUCAUUGCUUUUACUACUGUAGGUGAAUCCUUCAGUCUCACAAAAUACUAUUGCUCUGGGGAUCUCCAGGGUUGAGUUGAUCUAGUGUGUAUAUCGGGGAGAUGUCCACUUGGUUUCCUUACACUCCUUGCAUGUGCACACCUACACAUGCUUGCAUGCUUUUCCCUGCAACAAGGAUGCUGCCGCAGUUCUGGUCUGUUGUUAAUUAAAGAAGUUUGGCAGGUG